UUUUUAACCAAAUAUAAUAAUAAAAUAAUUUAUGGAUUCUAAACAUUAGUUGUGAUAUUGUUAAAAAUAUGAAAGUUGUAAAAGUACCAUCACGAUUUGCCAUUAAUUGGAAAUUAUUUCCAAUUAAACUUCAUUAUUUUUUUUAUCAUGCAGGGCUAUGUGCGAUUUUGCCUAACCUAUCAGCCUAUAUUAGAGAAUUGGGAUUCUCUAGUGUGGUUGUUGGUCUCCUAUAUACCGUUAUGCCAAUAGUAAGUACUAUAGCCAGGCCAUUCCUAGGAAUGAUAGCUGACAAAUUCCGCUGCCAAAAACGGAUAUUUUUUAUAGCCGGAAUGUUAAUUAUAUUAUCUACUCUGGCUAUUUUGGUCAUUCCAAAAUUAGAUUCACGAGUUGUUUCUUCGAAAGUAAAUAUUUUGGCGAACGGUGCAGCUGUCUUGGAAAUUGAUGCUGCUGGUCCUAUUCAUCAGUGUAGUCUGGGCCUUUAUGAAGACUUUCAGAACACGAUUCUAUGUAAAGAAAAUGACACUUCUUCAGAUUUUGAAGCAGAUAUAAAUAUUCUCCCAACUGAAUCAAUUUUUUAUGAUGGCAUUUUAACUUUACCAGUAAAGGAUAUAUUAACAAACAACAAGUCGAUAGAUUUAACAACUAAUCAGUACUCCUAUUUCUCGUGCCAAUUAACAAAAACAGAGAAUUUGAAUAAAAUUAUUCCACGGCCUACCAUACCAGAUGACCAAAUAUUAGAUAAGUACUGGACUUGGCUGUUUUUUGCGGCUAUGUUAACCUUUUGGAUAUCUAAUAGUGUGGUAUUAACAAUCGCAGAUGCUAUAUGUUUUACUUUGCUAGAAGACGAACAUGAAAAAUAUGGAGAACAGAGAAUGUUCGGUGCUCUAGGAUGGGGAAUAUUUUCUGCAGUGUCAGGAUAUGUAACUGACGUUUUGACAGGCGGAAGUUUAGUUAAAAAUUACUAUUUUAUAUUUUUCUUAGCUAUAAGUUUAUUUAUCGUCAAUUUGAUUGUGUGUUAUAGAAUAGAGUACGUUCAACCACUCUCAUCAAAACAAUUAUUGAAAGAUGUAGCUGAAGUAUUUCUCGAUAUAAAAGUAAUCGUCUUUUUCAUAUGGUGCAUAUGCAUGGGAGCUAACUCAGCAGUAAUCUGGCAGUUUCUUUACUGGCUAAUAGAAGAUUUAUUAUUGGUAAAUACAAAAUGUGACUUGAAGUAUUACGUAAAGACACUAGAAGGACUAGUCCAGACAUUCGAGACCAUCUUAGGUGAGAUUCCAUUUUUCUUUAUAUCAGGAAAGAUUUUCGCUUCUAUAGGCCAUAACAACGCUAUGUCGUUGAUUAUAUUGGGCAUAGCAAUACGAUUUACCCUAUACACGGUGAUCUCAAACCCUUGGUGGUUCCUGCCUGUUGAACUGUUCAAUGGGAUAGAUGUUGGAUUAAGUUUUGCAUGCAUGGCGUCCUAUGCUAGCUUUAUAGCUCCACCUGGUACUCAAGCUACUAUGCAAGGCUUGGUUGGUGCCGUUUACGAUGGAAUCGGGCUAUCAAUGGGUAGCUUAGUUGGUGGAAUAUUCUAUAAAAACUACGGGGGUAUCAACACGUUUAAAUAUUUUUCUUAUUUUGCUCUUACUGUUACAGUUUGUCACAUGUUCGUACAAUGUUUUAUAGUAUGUUUUCAAAAACGUAAAUAAAUAAAAAAACUUUAUACAGGGUGUCCCGAAGAGAUUUGUCAUAAAUUAUACUACAGAUUCUGGGGUCAAAAAUAGGUUGAUUGAACCUCACUUACCUAUAUACAAUAGUGCACACAAAAAAAGUUACAGCCCUUUGAAGUUACAAAAUGAAAAUCGAUUUUUUUUCAUAUUAUCAAAAACUCUUAAAGAUUUUUUAUUGAAAGUGGACAUGUAGCAUUAUUAUGGCAGCUACAUCUUAAAAAAAAUUAAAGUGAAAUUUGUGCACAAAUUAAAAUUUUAUGGGGGUUUUGUUCCCUUAAACCCGCCCGAACUUUUGUGUACAUUCGAAUUAAAUUAAUAUUGUAUUACUAUUAGUUAAAAACAAUGUUUUUAAAACUUUUUUGCCUCUUAGUACUUUUUCGAUAAGCUAGUGUUUAUCGAGAUAUUUUGAAUAUUUGUCGAAUCCACCACAUAUUUGUAUAUGGUUAAGUACGAUUAUAGAGACCUGUUAAUAAUCUGAAAAUUUAUUUAUAAUUUACAUUUUUAUGUAUAUUUUGAAAAAGAAGCCACAUCUCGAUAAAAGGUGACUUAUCAAAAAAAGACUAAGAGACAAAAAAGUUUUAAAAACACUGUGUUUAACUAAUGGUGCCACAAUAAUAGUUUAAUUGGAACGUACACAAACAUUUGGAGGGUUUAAAGGAACAAAACCCACAGAAAAUGUUUAUGUAAAUAUAUUAAAAAAGAAGCCGCAUCUCGAUAAAAACUGGCUUAUCGAAAAAAUAUUAAGAGACAAAAAAGUUUUAAAAACGUUGUGUUUAACUAAUGGUACUACAAUAAUGAAUUAAUUGGGACGUACACAAAAGUUUGGGCGGUUUAAGGGAACAAAACCCCCAUAAAAUUUUUAAGGGGUGGACAAAUUUCACUAUAAUUUUGUUUUAACAUGUUUCUGACAUAAGAAUCAUACAUGUCCGUUUUCAAUAAAACAUCUCUAAUAGUUUUUGAUAUAUUGAAAAAAAUCGAUUUUCAUUUUGUAACUUCAAAGGGCUGUAACUUUUUUAUGAGCACAUUUGUACUAAGGUAAGUUAGGUUCAAUCGAACUAUUUUUGACCCCAGAAUGUGCGGUAUAAUUUAUGACCAAUCUUUUCGGGACACCCUGUAUAUCCGUGGA